AUGUAUAAAAUCUGUGAUGAUAGUAUAAAACCAAGACAAUUCCUUGGUACAGAUUCCGAGGAUGGAAUAGAAGCUAUUCUCAUAGAAUGUCAGGGCCAUUCAUUAUAUGAAUAUAUUGGUGGAGAUGGCCCACUUCACUCUAUUAUCAAUUUUGAUUUAUCCAGAGAAAAAUUUGAUAAAAUCGAACCCAAGCUUUCAUCCAAAGAAAUACAGGAUUUACUUUGCCAUGCUUUUUCAAGAACCUGUAAAGAAAUAUAUCCAGAAUGGGAUUCCUAUACUUUAACAAUUGCUAGCAGUAGUGAUAAGAAAAAAAUGUUACUUCAUAUUUCAACUUUUGGUCUUCGUCUCAAAAACAUUGCCAAAGUUGCAAUAUUUACUAAGCUCGUUCGCAAAAAACUCCCAGUUAGUUUACAAAGCAAAGAUAUUGUUGAUAACAUUACCAACAAAAACCCAUUUUUCUUGCAAAUGCUUGGAGCACCAAAAUUUAUUGAAAAAACUAACAAGCAUGUUUCUGUCUUUGAUUUUAUGCUCCACCCACCUAAUGAUGAAUCGUCUGAAGUAGUCAGUCCUCUUUUAGUUAUUUCAGAACCUGCAUCAACAAAAAUUUCUAAUACAUGUACUAAAACUACUGAGGAUAUUGAAAUCGAACUCAAUUUGAUUGCAAAAUUAUUAGAAGAAUUUGAAAUCAGAGGAUAUGAACUUUCAAAAUAUGGUUAUAAAGAUCCACAUACAAGCGAUAAUGCAUAUGUUAUUCGAAACAAGAAAUCAUAUAGUUUCUAUUGUCAUCAUGCGAAUAAUAAUAGGGAAGCUGGAUUUAGAAAACCUUCAAUAAAGUUGACCAUUAAAGAAAAAACUUCGGAACAAGAAGAAAGUCUUGCAGUUUCAGAAAAAUUAAACCAGCCUAGAAUAAUGGAUCCAAAUGAUCAUUUUGUAUGGGGUGACUUAAUAGAUAUAGGAAAAAAGUUUUGGAUAUUUAAAGUUGAAGAUGAAGAUGAGGAUGGUGGACUUAUCUUUGAAUUUGUGCCUAAACUAGAACUUGCUAAUUAUGAAAUUAAUAUAGUCGAAUUUGGAGGGGAAUCGAUAAAGUUAAGGUCAUUAAUAGAUCGAGCAGUUACCAAAGGUCUAAUUCGUUAUCGCAAAAUAAACUUUCUUCCAUACCUACCAAACACAAUUCUACUAAAAACAAAUUUCUUUAAUCUUUUCCUGGGAUUUACAGCUAAACCAGCACUAGAAAUUAAAAAAGAAAUUAUGGAUCCUAUCCUCUGGCAUGUAAAAAAUAAACCUCAUUCAAUAUGUGUAUUAAAGUCUACUCUUCAACAAUGUGAAAAAAAUAUUAUUAUUGAUUUUAUUGGUAAUAAAGUCUUAGGACCAAAGCUCUAUUAUGCAACAUCCGAUCUAGGGAAAAUUUUUGGAAAAUUCAACAGUCAUAUUCAAGGUAAAAAGCUAGUAGUUAUGAAUGAGACCAAACGUAAAGGUCUUGAACCUAUUCAUUUAAAAGAUUACUCAGCAUUUAUGGUUACAAGCAACCAGGAUGCCCUGCUUAAAAUAGAUGCAGAGGAUGCUUGUAUAGUUUGUUUUGAUGUAUCUGCAUGCUGUAGAGAGAAUAUACUAUAUUUCAAACGUUUGGCUAAAAUACUAGAACAUCCUGAUGCACCAGGAAUAGUUAUGUCAUAUCUUCUUAAUCAUGAUCUUUCAAAUUGGGACCCACAAGAUAUUCCCAGUACUAAAAUGAAAACAGAUACAAUACUGGUGCAUCUUCCCAGCCCCACUCGAUUUAUAAUUGAUCAUAUUUCGCCAUGGUCUAAGGAUCGAGUUGAGAUACAAAGUCGUACAAUAAUAUAUCAAGAGUAUCAGGCAUGGUGUGAAGCUAAUGGUGAGAAACCAUUUAGUAAUAAUAUAUUAGGUAAAAAAUUUACACAUAUUAACAUCGAAAAUAAACGUGCUGGAGUUAUUGAGGAAUUUUCUGAUGCACCUCAACCUGAGACACUCGCCAACGAAUCCACAGAUAUACCUAUAUUCUAUGAUCUCUUCGAUUCUAUAACAAAUGAAAGUUUAGUUGCUUCAUUAUCCAAGUCUACUGAUAUAUCUCUGCCACCCGAGAUCGUAUACAUAGAACUUGUGGAUGAUAAAUCCGAACCAGUUUCUGAGAUCAUUAAACCGGUGAAUAAUAAAGUUGAAUCUCCAGAAAUUAUCAAAUUGAUAAAUGAUCCCGAAAUCUCUCCUAACUUACCUGUAAACAAUGAACCAAAAACCAUUAACGAAGAUCCAGAUAAGUUCAUUACUAUUACUGAAAAAGAUAGGAAUUUGGCAAGAAUUUAUUAUGAUAAAAUGAUGGCAGAUGCAGAAAUAAUUGAAUUUGCACAAAGCAAUGGCGUCAAUCCAGAGAACUAUAUGGAACUGUCCAGACGAGAAAAAUUAAUAUGUAUGGAGAUUGAUCUUCGGCUAUAUGAAGAUAAAGGCGAAUUCUGA